AUGUUUACCUUUCCUUCCGCCGGCUGUGUCGAGACCGGCAAGGCCGGCUACGCCUUCAUCUUCGACUCCAAGUUAGGCGAGUCCUACAUCUACCUCGAAAUGCUGGGGGUGGGCUCACAGAGCACCGUCCAGCUGGUGGCCAACAUCUUCACGCACGAAGUGGCAGUCCGAAAAGUGAGCAAGAGAAAGCUUCCCCUCAAGGACAUGUACGAUCUAACCAAGCUGCGCGAAGACCGCGAGGUCCGCAUCCUCGACUACCUCGAGUCGGUGCGCCUCAACCCUGUCCACCCGCAGCCGGCACUCACCCCCCGCUGGACGACCUGCAUCUCGCACGACGACUUCCCCGUGAUGUCCGACGGGCCCAAGCCGAAGCUGGUCUGCACCCGGGUGACCUACCUCAAGCUGUGCAACAGCGGCACCCUCGUCGACUGGUCGCGUGACUGGACCAUGGGGCGCGACCUCGGCGACUUCGACGAGAACGGCUGUUUCCAGCCAGCCCCGAAGCUCCGCCGGAAGGAAGCCCCCCGGUUCCCGGUCUGCAUCCUCGCGCGCUGCAUCGCCCAGGUCUGCGAGACCCUGCACGUCAUGUACCAGGCCGGGCCCGAGGCGGUCUACCACUGCGACCUGCACACCGGCAACGUGUUCGUGCACUUGGACCGCACCGACGGCAGCGACGACGACGCCCUUCCGGACUUCUACAUCGGCGACUUCGGCUGGUCGCGCACCGCCACCGAAUCGCUGGCCGACAGCGUGGCGAUGUACAAGAUGGAGCAAGCGCGAGCCGCUGGCACCACCCCGCCCGGCCGGCGCCGGCGGUGGGACGUGACGCGGUUCGCGAGCUCGUUGGGGACCCUCAUCAGCCUGGCCAAGGCGGAGAAACUGGACGGGGACGGAAAGGCGCCGGCGGGUGAGAAGCAGCAGAAGGAGGCGCGGGCGAAAGCGGUGGCGGGACUGGAGCAACUGAUCGGGAUGAUCCAGUGCUUGGACGAACAGGACGCGCUUAUGGCGGCCAAGAAUGACCGCAGCCGGCCGCCGUGGCUGAUGGAGCUGGUGCGAGAGGCCAAGGAGCUGGAGCAGGUGGCGCUGGCGGCCGAGAGGGACUCGGAGUACUUCAGGGCGUUUAUGGCCUUGGUCAAGCACCGGGCUGCCGAGCUCAACUCGGCAGCUGAGAAGCCGUACGUCUUCACCGGAGGAGCCGGUUUGACCCACGAGUUGGCGAAGGCAAGCGCUGAGACUUAUGGGAGGGUCAAUAUCCCGGGCCCAUGGAGCUUGAUUGAGUCGGUGUGA